AUGGCAGACGAAAACAACGACCAAGCUCUGGUCGCGCAAUCCACAGAAGUAGCAGUGCCGGCCCCAAAGAAACUCAAGAAGAUCAUCCGCAAGAAAAGGCCUGCGCGACCUCAAGUUGACUCGGAUUUUAUCAAGGACGAACCCCCGCCCCAGACAGGUACCAUCUUCAACAUCUGGUACAAUAAAUGGAGUGGUGGCGAUCGUGAGGACAAAUAUCUAUCCAAGACCGCCGCCAAGGGCCGUUGCAACAUAGCCAAAGAUGCCGGAUAUACGAAAGCCGACAAGAUCCCGGGAUCCUACUUCUGUCUCUGGUUUGCCCGUGGUUUAUGCCCCAAGGGCCAGGAUUGCCAAUACCUUCACCGGUUGCCGGGCAUUCACGACAUGUUUAACCCCAAAGUCGAUUGUUUUGGAAGAGACAAACAUUCCGAUUACCGCGAUGACAUGGGUGGAACAGGUUCAUUCAUGAGGCAAAACCGCACGAUUUAUGUCGGACGAAUACACGUUACAGACGACAUCGAGGAGAUUGUGGCCAGACAUUUUGCUGAAUUUGGAUCGGUUGAACGUAUUCGAGUACUCAACACCAGGGGUGUAGCGUUCAUCACGUACAGCAACGAAGCAAAUGCUCAAUUCGCAAAGGAGGCUAUGGCGCAUCAGGCUCUCGAUCACAGUGAAGUCCUCAAUGUGAGGUGGGCGACAGCAGACCCGAACCCGAUGGCGCAAGCACGAGAAGCCAGACGCAUAGAAGAGCAGGCUGCGGAAGCUAUACGGAGAGCGUUGCCGGAAUCCUUUAUUGCCGAGAUUGAGGGCAAGGAUCCAGAGUCGAGGAAACGAAGGAAAAUCGAAAGUAGCUACGGAUUAGAGGGCUACGAGGCGCCUGAUGAUGUUUACUUCGCACGGGGCACGCAGGCUGUAAAUCCGGCCGGACGGGACGGCUAUGAGCUGGAGCAUGAACAGCGACUAAUGAUUGAAAAUGGCGAGGUGGACGGAGGCUCCCACAUGGCAGCACUGCCUGCUCCCGAGGAAAAGGUAGAAGAGAAAGCAGGCAUUUUCUCUAGCAACACCCUGGCUGCGCUCAGAGGAGCACACAUCGCAACCGCACCAAAAGCGGCAGCAAAACAAUCCUCGGGACCUUUAGUAGCGUACGGUAGCGACGAUGAGGACGAUGAUUGA